GACUCCGCUCCCGUGGGUCCUCCCCCAGUGCGUUCCCCCUCCUCGGGCCCUGCCCUCCCCACACCCAACAUCUCUCUCCUUCCACCACCGUGUCCCUCUCCCUCACCUCUCCCCUUCCCCCCACCUCCCCCACUAAGUGCCCCCUCGCCCCUCCCCCCACAUCGCCCUCCUCUCCCCACUCUGUCCCCUUUCCCUCACCUCUUCCUUCCCCUCUCCAUCCCCCUCCUCCCCCAACUAUGUGCCCCUCGCCUCUCCCCUCCAAAUCCCCCUCCUUCCCACACUCUGUACCCCUCUCCCCCGGCUCUCCCCUCCUUUUCCCCUCCGCGGCCUCGCCCCGCCCCAGCGGCAGGCAGGCACACCUGGCCAGGUGGCUGCCUCCCCGCGCGGGCCGUGCCUGCACAGUGGGUGGGGCGUCAGGUGGCCCCGCCGAGGAGGCGAAGGAAGGCCACCCCUCCCCCAUCAUCUUUUGCCCGCCCCUCGCCAGCAGGAGCCAGCCCAGUCCGCCUUCUAGCCUCCUGCAGACGAGAGAGGACGCACCCCCACCCCUAAACACUUUCUGGUGAGGCGGACCCUGCCCCGCAGCCUUCAGCAGAGGAGGGAAGCUCCCCUCCGAGACUCUGGAUAGCCGCCGGGGGGGCGUUGCCUGGCCGGCUGGUUGCGUAGCAACGGCAGGCGGUGCGUGACGUGCGCAGCCGCGUUCCGUCCUGAGGCGCGCCCGCCCCGGGGUAAGCUCGCGCCGCCGCGUCAGCUCAGCGCUGGGUCUCUCGGUCCCGCAGCCGUGAGGAGGACGCUCUGCAUACUCGCUGCCCGCCGGCUCCCUCCCCCGCGUCCCUGCGACCGCCGCGGCGAAGAUGGCCUCAGGAGUGCAAGUAGCUGAUGAAGUAUGUCGCAUUUUUUAUGACAUGAAAGUUCGUAAAUGCUCCACACCAGAAGAAAUCAAGAAAAGAAAGAAGGCUGUCAUUUUUUGUCUCAGUGCAGACAAAAAGUGCAUCAUUGUAGAAGAAGGCAAAGAGAUCUUGGUUGGAGAUGUUGGUGUAACCAUAACUGAUCCUUUCAAGCAUUUUGUGGGAAUGCUUCCUGAAAAAGAUUGUCGCUAUGCUUUGUAUGAUGCAAGCUUUGAAACAAAAGAAUCCAGAAAAGAAGAGUUGAUGUUUUUUUUGUGGGCACCAGAACUAGCACCUCUGAAAAGUAAAAUGAUCUAUGCAAGCUCCAAGGAUGCAAUUAAAAAGAAAUUUCAAGGCAUAAAACAUGAAUGUCAAGCAAAUGGACCAGAAGAUCUCAAUCGGGCUUGUAUUGCUGAAAAGUUAGGUGGAUCCUUAAUUGUAGCCUUUGAAGGAUGCCCUGUGUAGAUUAUUCAGUGCCACAAAUUGAAAGCUUCCAUGUUUAAUGUUAUCCUCUUGCUAUAUAAAUAAAGCAAAUAUAUUUAGGCCAGGGUCUCACUGAGGGGGAGCUGUCUUGUCAUCUUUUAGAGUAAACUAAAUAUUCUAUAAACAUAUGCAAACAGCCCUAAAUAAAUCUGAAGUCUAAAGUUUUAUUGAUGUGAAAUUAAAUUCUUAUUGGCCAAAUGCCUGUUUUGAUGAGUUGAUUUAUAAAGAUUUUUGUUAAGCUCAGGAUUUUAAAUUACACAGUUCACAAAACAUUAAAGGCCAUGUGAAGAGAAUUAUUACAUCUUUAUUAACCUCAGCAUUUACUUUGUUUCUUUUGCUUAGGAAAUUGCUCAUAAUCUGGUUAUAAUUUUGGUCCAAAUUCUUUAUUCUUCCUUGAGCUAAGCAGAAUAAUGGAAUAUAAUAUGUCUUCAUAAAUAUAACAACACUAAUACACUAAUAGUAAGAUUAAGUUAGGCAGUCUUCUACUUCUACCAAAUGUGUAAUGGAGAUUGCCUCAAAAUUGUGUCCACAUAAUCCACGCUGAUCUUGCAAAGCGCUAUUUCAAGCACAUCAUUGGAAUACAGGAAGUAGCCCUGCACCUGCCAGUGAGCUCGCCGUUCACUGAUUGGAAGAGUGACCUGGCAUCUUGGAAAUCAUUGUGUCUUCAGGAGAAUGUGCAGUGUCUUGUAACAACUAAUUAUAAUGCAAAUUAGGGCUACAUUUUAAUCUGCUUUGUUAAUGAAAAUGAUAAAACAGAAUAUUGACAAGCUAGGACACCUGUGGUAUCUUUAAUUGUAUCUCCUUCAGAAGUUUGCUGCUUAUGGUAUAAUAAAGUAUGGAAGAAUAUUGAGUAUAUGUUUACUCUGGGCCUGGGAGAACUUAACUUUCUAGAGCAGUUUGUUGACUUGUGUGCAAUGGGGAGAGGUACCAUGAUGACACUCACAGGGAGCCACUGUUCACUGACACUUGGAAGCGGUCAUUGUUAAUAUCACGGGCGUAACACUUUGAACGAUAUAGAGAUGCACAGUUGAACUUAGAAGUAGCAGUAUUGGCUUUAUGUAAUAAAGGAAGCAUUUUUGACUUA